AUGAGUCUCCAGACACAGACACAACCAUCACGGAAAAAGAGAACACCAGCUGAUCGAUUGCACCAAGCUGUGCAAAAUGGUUUUACGCCUGAGAGCUCGUCGUGUAACGACAAGCCAGUCUACAAAAAACUUGCUCACUUGACUAAACGCCCAUAUAAGGACAUGCUAGAAUUAUGGCAGCACUACCUCCAAAAACAUCCUACUAAGGAUCCAACUCAAUUUAAGACGCUUGAACAUUUCUUCGAGAUGGUUGCGCGCCAGUCCCGCGGAACGCUCAACAAUGGGCAGUCGAAACAUGCAACUACACAUAGUCUGAAGACACAAGCUCGACAACUCCGAGGUGCUCUUAAAAGAGCUAAAGAUCAGGUCAAGAUUGAAAAGGAGGUUUUAGACAUGAUCUGCAACUAUAUUGACGGCCCAUUAAAGGAGAAGUUGAACUUGUCUUCUGCACGUAGAAAAGCUACUUACUUGACCAUUGACAAUUAUGUUUCCAUGAUGGAGUACUACUAG